AUGUUAUUGUGUUAUAAGAACCUUGUUACCACACUGUUAUGGUUACAUAUACACUUACAAUUUGCUACAGCAGCCUACGCCCCAGCUGCAUGUACAGUUCCACAUGACGGUACUAUUGGGGCCACCGUCAGGUUUUUUCAAUACACUGCUGGUGAUUCUAGGAGUUAUGAAGAAUCAUCAUUUUUACUAGGUGGUUAUUUAAGGAAUACAUAUGUGGGUACAAUUUCUGGUGUUACAAAUUUAACAUGGUAUUCUGGAGAUCAUUGGACCAUUCCUCCGUAUGAUUAUAGAGGUGUUUCCAUCAGUCAUUUCAUGAUGGAAAUUACCGGUUAUUAUAAAGCUCCACUAACAGGUAUUUAUACCCUAAGGGCUAAUGUAGAUGAUUCCCUCACGUUUUUCUUGGGUGCUGGCGAAGCUUUUAACUGCGGAGGUCAACAUGAAGAUUUUUCAUCCCCAGAAUAUGUUUUUACGGUCACUGGUAGUGUUAUAUAUGGUAUGGAUACAGAAGUAAAGACAAUAUAUAUGAAAGAAGGUAAUUAUUAUCCUCUUAAGUUUCUAUAUGUUAAUCUGAUUAACCAUGGUCUGUUAAAUAUAUCAAUAAAUUUGCCAAAUGGUACUGUAGAUAAUGGUAUAGGUAAUAGUUUAUACAGUUUCCCAGAUGAAAGUUUCACUAAUACUUCAGAUAUAUCUUUCACAUACAGUGCAUCCAAAGCAUGCACAACAGUAACCUCUAUAAUCACAAGCACAGUUCAUGGUUUAAGUGCAACCACAACUACUCAAACAACCACGAUUACAACUAUGCUUAAUUCUUAUAAUGAAGAAGUUGUAGUUGUUUACUAUGAGGGAAUUCCUGCCCCUAUGUUAACCACAUCCUACGUUCCAGGUACAGUUAACUCAAUAUCUGUUAUCACCACAUCCACCUCCUACACCACUGACUCCAAAGGCAGUAGCACUCCAAUUGAUGUUGUGAUUGUUGAGACCCCAAUGCCAAGUCAGGUUACUUCCUACAUUCCCGGUACAGUAAAUUCAACAUCUACUAUCUCCACCUCCACCUCCUACACCACUGACUCCAAAGGCAGUAGCACUCCAAUUGAUGUUGUGAUUGUUGAGACCCCAAUGCCAAGUCAGGUUACUUCCUACAUUCCCGGUACAGUAAAUUCAACAUCUACUAUCUCCACCUCCAUCUCCUACACCACUGACUCCAAUGGCAGCAACACUCCAAUUGAUGUUGUGAUUGUUGAGACCCCAAUGCCAAGUCAGGUUACUUCCUACAUUCCAGGUACAGUAGAUUCACCAUCUGUUAUCUCUACCUACACAACUAGCGUAACUGACAGCAAUGGCUCUUCAUCUGCUGAAGUUGUUGUUGUUGUGGUCACCCCAUCUCCAUCUACCACCUACACUACUACUACUGCAGAUAUUUCUGCUCCAAUUACAACCACUUACACCACUAUCGUCACUGGCAGUAACGGUUCCUCUUCCACAGAAGUUGUUGUGGUAGUGGCCACCCCAUCUGCAUCUACUUCCUACACUACUACUACUGCAGAUGUUUCUGUUCCAACCACAACUACUUACACAACCACCGUCACUGACAGUAACGGCUCUUCAUCUGCUGAAGUUGUUGUUGUUGUGGUCACCCCAUCUCCAUCUACUUCCUACACUACUACUACUGCAGAUGUUUCUGCUCCAAUCACAACUACUUACACUACUACCAUCACAGGAGGCAAUGGCUCUUCAUCUGCUGAAGUUGUUGUUGUUGUGGUCACCCCAUCUCCAUCUACUUCCUACAUCACUACCACAGGUCCAGUUUCCGCCCCAACCACAACUACUUACACUACUACAGUUGUUGAUAGCAAUGGCUCUUUGUCUCCAGAAGUUGUUGUUGUAGUGGUCACCCCAUCUCCAACUGGUCCAACUGCCUACACAACUACUACUGCAGAUGUUUCUGCUCCAACAACAUCCACCUACACCACCAUUGUUACUGAUGGCAACGGCUCAUCCUCCACCAAAGUUGUUGUUGUUGUGGUCACACCUGCUCCAUCUACCACCUAUACUACUACCACAGGUCCAGUUUCUGCUCCAACCACAAACACCUACACAACCACAGUUACUGACAACAACGGCUCUUCAUCUGCUGCAGUUGUGGUUGUUGUGAUUACACCUCCUCCAUAUAAUGACUUUAUGACCUCAUCAAUUUCUAUAUCUUCUCCACUAUAUGAAAAUUCCACUAUUCAUAAUGGAAAAACUGAAACUACUUUGAGUGGCACUCUAGUUGUUUUGACUACGGUUGUUAAUGGAGUUACUAUGACUACAACUUAUUGUCCAGAACCAUCUGCAACUUCUGAAACAAGUAUGAUUGCUAUCAUUGGACAUAGUUCUAUUGAAUCAGUUUAUUCAAAGAACCCACAAGAAGAGACUAACUCAUUUACUACUGCUACAAAUGUGACUCCAGUUAUUUCUGUUACUUCUACCACCCCUGGUCCAGCAUUUACCAAUGGUAAAAAUCACCCAACAUCUAGAAACUCUAGAACAUCUACCACUGUAAUCGGUAAUAAUGAGUCUAGGGGACCAAAAACAUCACCAACCACAAUGGUACCACAAGUCUCCCAAUAUAUUUCUGAACAACUAUCCCCAUCACCAAUUGCUAUUGCGGUACCUCAUGGUGAUACACCUUCUCUUGUAUCAUAUGAAGGUAAAGGUAGUAACAUAUAUAUGAAGUGGAGUGUCGUACAUUUUAUUGGUCUAUUAUUAUUUAUGAAUUUUUAA